UAAAACUUCUUACAUGUUAAAUCAAUACUCGUAAUCUUAAUUUAAAUUUAUGGAUGAAACCAACCUAGUAUUAAUUUUCUGAAAGUCGACUUGAAACUUUUUGAAAAUGUGACACGCCAGCCUAACAUCACUGAUUGUAGAAAAAGAUGGUAUUUUUCGAUGACAUGCUUCCGGAUGAAUCAUUGGAAAAAUUUCUAGACAGAGAAGUUCGGCCAGAUACAGAUUUUCUCAGUGAUUGCAACCAGAUCAUAGACACAGUGGUGAGACUCAUUCAUCGACAUCCAAAAUACAGUGUCAACCAAGUUAUCAAAGGUGGAUCUCUAGGAAAAGGAACAGCUAUACGAGGACAUUCAGAUGUAGAUCUUUUGGUAGUGUUAAAUAAUUUUAAGAAUAUUAAACAUUUAAAAGAAAACAUGGAAAAUGUACUAUAUGACUUCCGGGAUUAUCUCAAAUCAGCAGUGGAGAGAGAAGGCAAUAAUAUAGAAAUACGGAUAAUGGGUCAAACGCCAUUUACUUUGCAGUUUGAUUUGCGUUGCAGUGAUGAUUCGCCAUGGUUCGAUGUAGACUUGCUUCCUAUUGUUGAUGUAUGGAGUACAUGGCUUCUGGGUUUCGCUGGUGGAGUACAAUCAACAUAUUCUAAAAUGGAAUUGAAACCUCAUCUAAGAAAAUAUUAUGCUAAGUCAUUAGCUAAACUACAAAUUGAAUUUGUAAAGCCCAUGCCACCGAAGGUUAAGGAUUUAAUAUGUCUGCUGAAAUAUUGGAAAUAUACUGAACAAGUAGAGUUAACAUCUUAUUGUAUUGAACUACUUGUAAUUCAUAUGUGGAGAGAAAAUGGCGAGCCAAAUAACUUCACAAUGAAGCAACUAAUGACUAAAGUCGUUGCUUUACUUGUGACUUUUGGAGAAUCCACAAUUGCCUUUAGCGAUCAUUAUACUCCUUCAGAUUACAUACAGGAACUUGGCAGGAAUCGUCCAUAUGUUUUGGACCCAUCUAAUCCAUAUCAUGACGUUGCAUCUGAUCCGCAUAUGUCUACAGAUUGUUCCUGCAUAGAAUCCAAAGGUAAACUACUUGAGCGAAAACUCGAUGGAUUGCCAGAACUUUCAGAAGAAAGUGGUUGUGUGGUAUCCUGAGAAACUUUCGGAACUAUUCAUUACCUAAUGAUGAGCAUGCCUGUUACAUUUUAUUUUUUAAAUUGCUGAUCAUAAUUCUGUGAUGUUUAAUAUUUUUCCAAAUAUAAUAAUAUGUGCAAUUCA